CCGGCCAAGCGUGCACGCACCAGCGAUCCCACCGCAGCCGAAGACGCGUCCAGCUCCACUCCAGCCAGCGCGCCCGCCCAGCUGCCCUCAGCCCGUCUGCAACCCCCCACCCCUCUCAUGUCCGCGAUGGCGGCGGCGGCGCCUCGCCCGCGCCUCGACUCCGUCCUCAGCUUCGGCGACGCCAUGCCCGGCGCCGGCGCCGACCGCCCGGCCGCGGACGACGAGCUCGCCACGCUCGCCUCCUCCGACGCUGGCAGCGAAUACGACUACGACGACGACGACGCCGCGGGGUUCGAGUUCGCCUUCGCGCCCCCGCUCGCGGCGCCUGGGAGCAGCGCCGGGGACGUCCUGGACCUCGCGUCGGCCGACGACCUCUUCGCGCACGGCCGCAUCCUCCCGGCGUACCCGGUCUUCGACCGCCACCUCCUCGAAAGCGACGGCGAGGCCGCGCCGGCGCCGGCCGCGCCGCAGGCCUCCUCCACGGCGCCGACCUCGCCGGACACCUACUGUGCGUGGGCGCCGCGGUCCGCGCCGGGCUCCCCGACGCGGGACCCGGCCCCGCCGUUCCCCAAGUCCGCCUCCACGGGGGAGGCGCGCCGCUUCUGGCGCCUCCGCGGCCUCGUGUCCGGCGGCGGCGGCCGCUCCCACAGCGACGGCAAGGAGAAGUUCGUGUUCCUCCAGCCUACCACGCCGUCCAAAACGGCCGGGAACAAGACGACGGUGGACGGCGACAGCAGGCGGCCGGCUGCCAAGCCGUCGGCGCCCCUGCAGAAGCAGAGCAAGAAGAAGAGCAGCAAGGCCGCCGGCGCUGCAGCGACCGAGAUGGACAUGGCCACCGCGCACAAGCUCUUCUACGGCAAGCCGGGCGGCGGCGCGCUCGCCGGCGACAGGAGGCAGCAGCAGCAGCAGUCCUACCUCCCCUACCGCCCGGGGAUCGUCGGCUUCUUCACCGCCGCGCACGCCCUCGGCCGCUCGCACCACCCCUACUAGCUACCUACCGCCGACGAUCAUUCCACUCGCUUCAAUCGGGAUCAAUAAGGCCCUCGAAGAAGAAAGAUUAUUUCGUUCAUUUUUUUCCCUUCGAUUUUAGGCGAAGAGCUCAUUGUUCUAUCGCCAUUUUUCGUGUACAU